AUGUCUGCGAUGCGCCUCUACGCGGCCCGGCCGCUGAGCGGCAUCUGGGCAUCCCAUGCCGGGCGCCCGGCCCUCGCCCCGGCAUCUCGAUUCUGUCGGGCCAAUACACGCAGUCCAAGUCUGGAUCGACUUGCAGAGACCAUCGUCCUCGCCAGAUUCCAGCAGAGGCGACUUCAAUCAACCUCAGGAGGAAGCAAGCGUCCGCCCGAGUUCUCGCAGCCUCCCAAGCCGUCGCUAAAGCUUCUGUUCCAAGCUCUGCGCCAGAGCUUGAGUCUUCGCCCUUUAGUUGGCGCUUUUCGCGGACAAAGCUUCCGCAAGCUGUAUAGACAGAGUCCAGAGGAACUCGUCAUCGCCAUUGUCCUCUUGUCAGGUAUCUCCGUCAUAGUUGUCUAUGUGGCCUACACAUAUUUCAACUACUUUCAAGCCGAGCAGUUCACCAGAUUCCCCCCCGAUGUUGCGAAAUCUAUGCGGCGCGCCUUGUACUAUAGCAACUACAGCCUAGACCCGAAGUUGGCCCUCAAAUACUACAAGAUGGCACUGGAGCAAUGCGAUCGAAACGGUAUAGACCCAUUCUCAGACGGGGUGCUGGGCAUCAAAAUCCAGUUGGCUGCGUGGCUAGAAAAGCUCGGAAGCUACCAAAACUCCAUUGACGUGCUGGAGGUCUUGCUUCGCGAUUGCCAGACAUGGGUCGACAAAAUGGAGCAGACUGCGCGAAGUGGUCUCAUUGACAAAGCUGGUAAUCUCAUCGAGGCACCCAAGCCGCCGCAGAAGAAAGAAGAGUCUUCGGAUGCCGAAGAGGAAGUCCCUGAAAAUCUCUGGGCCAAGCGCACAAGAGUUCUGGGCAAAAUGGUUGGAAUCAGCGUAAAAUUGGGAGAGCUCUAUGCCGACGAGCACGUUCUCAAAAGUGAUGCCGCCGGGGAGCGUCUGGUCUGGGCCGUCGAAACUGUACUGAAAGAGCUCCAGCGCCGACAGACCGAGGGGGUCAAGGAAGGAGAAGGUGACUGGAUGUCACCGGAGCAGAUUGGCGGUGCGCUUGAAGCUUUGGCAAAUCACUACGAAUCGAAAUCCCAGCACUACCUGGCGGCACCUCUUUACCUUCAAGCGCUGACUUUGUCUCCUCCCAAGAGCUGCCACACUGCUGUCUUGAUGAACAACUUGGCAAUAUCAUUAGCUCAGCAACCAGUCGCUGUACCGGGAGGCAUGGGCGUGGCGGAUUCAAAAGAUCAAGUCCAGCCUACAAGGGCAUCACUUCUUGCAAGUGCUCGAUCUUGGGCACUUCAAGCUCACGCAACGGGGUCCAAGGUCACCGGGGACGACCGGACUGAAGAAUGUGACGAAGCCUGUGCUGUUGCUCUGUGCAACCUCGGAGAGAUUGCAGCCAUGUCUGGUGAUAUGGAAGAGGCGAAGUCUAAGUUCAAGCAGAGUUUGUCACUGAGCAGGCGCAUAGGAUUCGCCCCGGGUGUCACUCAAGCUGAAGAUGGACUGGCAGCCGCCUCGAUCAAGAUCCCGCCGAGAUCAUCCUGA